AUGGUCACGAGUCCGUCGAAGCGCCCAGGGGGAAGGAUGUUGCGCAGUCGCGCGCGCACCUCUGGCAUGGAUGAAUCUGUAGCUUUCAAGUUGAAGGAGCAUCAACGCGAGCUUGUGAAGCAGAAGCAGGACGAAGGGCUUGCGCGUUUUAAGCGUGGCGACGCGGCGGUGAACAACGAUGACGAGCAGGGUUUUAAAAAGUACGAGAGUUACCGCCGCGAAAGUAUGCUACCCGCAAAAGUGGACGAUUUGCGCAUUAUGGUCGAUCUUCGCGCGCAGUCGAUUAUUUUGCCGAUCAGCGCGUACGCUGUGCCGUUCCAUAUUAAAACGGUGAAGAAUGUGAGCAAGUCAGAUGAAGGCGACUACACGUAUUUGCGCAUCAACUUUGUCACGCCGGGCCAGCUCUCUGGUAAGAAGGAUAAUGUCCCUUUCGACACUCCGGACGCAACGUUUAUUCGCAACGUAAGCUAUCGCUCCACGGAUGCACGGCAUAUGGAUGCAUUGUUCAAUGAAAUCACCGAGAUGCGACGUGUGGCGUCGAAGCGUGAGGCGGACCGCAAGGAGCUAGCCGACAUUGUCGAGCAAGAUCAGCUUGUUCUGAACAAGGCACGCCCUUUGACGCUGCCAGAAGUGUUCCCGCGCCCCGCACUCGAGGGUAAACGCGUUCCUGGCGGUCUAACAAUUCAUCAAAACGGUGUGCGCUUUGCAUCGCCACUGCGUCCCGACCAGCGGAUCGAUAUUCCGUUUAGCAAUGUCAAGCACCUAUUUUAUCAACCGUGCGAUGGUGAGUUGAUUGUCCUAAUCCACUUUCACCUGAAAGCGCCAGUCAUGAUUGGCAAGCGGAAAACCAAGGAUAUUCAGUUUUACCGCGAAGCCUCAGAGGUACAGUUUGACGAGACCGGAAACCGUAAGCGCCGCUAUCGCGCGGGAGACGAAGACGAGAUUGAAUUAGAGCAAGAAGAACGCCGCAUGCGCCAUCAGCUCAACAAGGAAUUCAAACACUUUUCCCAGCGUAUUGCGGACGCCUCCGAAGGCCGGCUCCAAGUGGACAUCCCUUACCGCGAUCUUGGCUUCAACGGUGUUCCCUCACGUGCCAGUGUACUGCUACAGCCUACGACAGAUUGCCUCGUGCAACUGACCGACCCGCCAUUUUUGGUCGUGACCCUAUCGGAAAUCGAGAUCGUGCAUCUCGAGCGUGUCCAGUACGGUCUCUCCUCCUUCGACUUGGUAUUUGUGUUCAGCGAUUUUUCGCGUGCGCCAUUGCAUGUUAGCAGCAUUCCCACUUCGUCGUUGGACGACGUGAAGCAAUGGCUAGAUUCUGUUGACGUUGCCGUCACCGAAGGUGCCGUGAACCUGAACUGGGGCGCGAUUAUGAAAACGAUCAAUGACGACCCCUUUGCAUUCUUUGAGGAAGGCGGCUGGAGCUUUCUCCAGGGCGAUGCGAGUGAUGCGAGUGAUGCGGAAGACAGCGAGACGGCCUCGGAGUUUGGUUCUGACUUGGUCGAAGAUGACCAGGAAUCUACCGAAUAUUCCGAAAGCGAGUCUGACUUUGGCGCCUCGGACGCCGACAGCGGCGAAGGCUCCGAAGAAGGCGAGGAGAGUGAAGAGGGCGAGGAUUGGGACACGCUCGAAUCCAACGCUGCAAAAGAGGACCGUAAUAAGCGCCUUGAGCGCGGCGAGGGCAGUGGAGACGAGAGUGAAGACGAUGAGAAGCCCAAGGUGAAGAGGAGCAAAUAG